UAGCUCCCAUGAUGGAUUUGCUCCUCCCAUACCUUAACACCACCAUGAUCGCUGUCUUUACCUCCGUAAUAUUCUUAACCUAUUGCUUAACCCGGAAAAUCAAAGCCUCCAGGGGCCAACAGCCCCCGGAGGCCUCUGGCGGGUGGCCGAUACUUGGCCAUCUCCGCCUCCUGACAGGUCCAGGACUUCCCCACGAGACCUUGGGAGCCCUAGCGGACAAGCAUGGACCCAUAUUCAGGAUCAGGAUCGGUAUCCACCCAGCGGUGGUGAUUUCCAGCUGGGAGAUAGCUAAGGAGUGCUUCACUACAUACGACACUGCAAUUUCAUCCCGUCCGAAACUGGCAUCGGGCAAGCACUUGGGUUACAACUAUGCAAACUUCGGGUUCGCCCCUUACGGCCCAUAUUGGCGCGAGAUGAGAAAGAUCACGAUGCUAGAGCUGCUCUCCAACCGCCGACUCGAGAUGUUCAAUAAUAUCCGCGAAUCAGAAGUGACAACUUCCUUGAAAGGGCUAUAUAGUCAUUGGGUCGAGAGACGUGAUGGUUUGGACCAGGAUCAUGUACCAGUGGAGAUGACGCAGUGGUUCGGGGACCUAACCUUGAAUGUUAUUCUUCGGAUGGUUGCUGGUAAGCGAUAUAAUUUCAGGACUACAUCAACAAGCGAUGAGAAGGAGAAGGCACGCCGAGUGCAGAAGACCAUGAGAGAAAUGUUCAACCUGUCGGGGUUCUUUGUGCCAGCCGAUGCACUCCCGUUUCUGAGGUGGUUGGAUGUGGGCGGGUACGAAAAGGCGAUGAAGAAGACUGCGCAGGAGAUGGACAGCCUCUGCACGGAGUGGCUAGAGGAACAUCGCGAGAAAAGGAACUCCGGCGAGGCAGUGAAUGGUGAGCUAGACUUCAUGGACGUGCUUCUGUCCGUGCUCGAUGACCUUAAGAUUGCUGAUUUUGACGCAGAUACUAUCAACAAAGCAACCACCACAACACUGGUGGCAGGAGGCACCGAUACGACUGCUCUAACAAUUAUAUGGGGGCUCUCCCUCUUGCUAAAUCUCCCCCGAGCAAUGAGAAAAGUACAAGAUGAACUCGACGUUCAUGUUGGACGGGAGAGGCUCGUGAGGGAGUCGGACAUCGACAAACAAGUGUACAUCCAGGCCAUUGUCAAAGAGACGCUCAGGCUCUAUCCAGCCGGUCCACUUUCUGGAGCCAGAGAAUUUACACAGGACUGCACCAUCGGUGGCUUCCGCAUUCCUGCAGGCACUCAGUUGAUAGUGAACCUCCACAAGCUCCAGCGGGACCCACGGGUUUGGGAUGACCCCAACGAGUUCAGGCCCGAGAGGUUCCUGACCACCCACAAGAACAUCGAUGUGAAAGGCCAGCAUUUCGAGCUCAUCCCAUUCGGUGGCGGGAGGAGGGCCUGUCCCGGGUUGGGCCACGGGAUCCAGAUGGCCCAACUGACUCUGGCGAGCUUGGUUCAUGCUUUCGACAUCGCAACUCCAUCGGGCACCCCAGUCGACAUGACGGGGAGCCCUGGGUUGACAAAUUCGAAGGCCACACCUCUGCAAGUAUCAGUAAAGCCACGCCUGUCGCCGUCAGCUUACAGAUGAAAUGGGAGAUUGUUUGGCUGCAAUUCAAUCGUGGAAUGAAGAUAAUGGUAGAAAACGGUAAGGUUAAUAUAUUUAUAUGUGUAUGUGUAUUAUGGUGUGCGCGGCACGUAUAUGUGCACUGGCUGCUAAUGUCUAAAUUGGAAUAAUGAAGGCCUUGACUUAUGUUGGGUUUAAUUA